AUGAAAACUGGCAGGUUAGAGCAUCAGGUGCCGAAUAACCCUUCCGAAAUGUUGGUUUUCACACCGCUACAAAGUGUAACGGCUUUUGCACCGUCCCGCAAGCAGUAUCACCUCUUUCCACCCUCAAUCCCUCUAUCGCUGGUAAAAUACGAAAGAUCUUUGAUCAUCGGCAAAUCCAUGCAACCAAACUGCAAAUCAUCAGAUUCCGAAGAAACCCAUUUCAAGAAUUCAGAGAUCUUGAAUAAACGUACUAGAUUUUUCGACAUCGAAGGUGGGAAUUCGAAGAAAUUUGGGUUUUUGAAGAACCCGGCAUUGGUAGCGGAUGUUUCUUCAAUGGGUUCAGUGAUCAGAGAGUGGACUGAGAUCGGAUUGUACGAGGAUGCAAUUGGGCUUUAUUCAGAAAUUUUGAGUUUUGGCGUUCCGGCUGAUGAGUUCUCAUGUUUUCCGUGUUUGAUCAAGGCGUUUGGCAAGCUCCGAGAUUUGGGAAAGGCGAAACAGAUUCAUGGGCAUGUUUUAAAGAUUGGGGUUGCGAAGGAUGUUUACAUCCAUAAUUCCUUGUUCGUGAUGUAUUGGGAAUGUGGUGCGGUUGAUGAUGCAGUGGACAUGUUUGAUAGAAUGCCUGAACUAGAUACAGUCUCGUGGAAUAUAAUGAUAUUGGGUUUUAACCGAUCAAUGAGGCCUUUGGCCAGGCUCAAAUUUUUUUCUCAGAUGCGAGAUUCAGGUAUGAAGCCGAAGCGGGUGACUUGUCUUUCAGCUCUGUCGGCAUGUGCUUCUUGUGGGUCUUUGGCUACUGGGCGGGAGAUACAUGCCUUUGUUGUGAAAAAUGGGUUGGAUUCCGACGUUGCUUUGGUCAGUGGGAUUGUCGAUAUGUACAUGAAAUGUGGGGAUUUAACGAAUGCGGAGCACGCUUUCACAAGAACAAGGAUAGGAAGUAACACGGUUGCUUGGAAUGCGAUGAUUUCAGGUUAUGUUUACAACAGUAUCAUGUUCACAUUUAUCACUAAUGGGUUGCGGAAUGAUGCAAGGGUUGAAACAGCGGUUUUGGACAUGUAUUUUAAGUGUGGCGAUAUUGAAGCUGGUCUGAAAAUAUUCAAACAGAUCCCGAAUAAGAAUUCUGUUACGUGGGGUGCUAUAAUCUCUGGUUGUGCUCAAAAUUCCCAUCCUGCUAAGGCCUUGGAACUGUUUUCUCAGUUCAUUUCUGUAGGAGGCAGAGCAGAUUUUCUCACUGUUAUUUCUGUUCUUCGAGCAUGUUCAUCCAUGACCCUUAAGCUCAAUGGCAUGGAAAUCCAUGGAUUUUCGAUCAAAAUGGGAUUUGAUUCCGAUGUUUUUGUUGGUGGUGCACUGACCGAUAUGUACGCAAAGUGCGGAGAUAUCAGGUCUGCUCGAAAGAUGUUGCUUAGAUUACCAAAGAGGGAUGUGGUGGCAUGGAAUGCUUGGAUAGCUGGGUAUACUCAGAAUGAUUAUACAGACAAUGCUCUGAUGGGAUUUCGAGAUAUGCAGCUUGAACAUGUGAGACCCAAUACUGUAACCGUCGCAUGCAUUCUCACCGUCUGUUCACGGCUAUCGGCAUUUGUCCUUUGUAAACAGAUCCAUUGUUACAUUUUACGAAACAGUUUGGAAUUGAAUGUUCCUGUUAGCAAUUCCCUUCUAGCUACUGAUGCUCGAUGUGGGGAUAUAAACGGUGCCCUUUAUUUGUUCUGGAAGAUGCCUGAAAAGGAUGAAAUUUCAUGGAAUUCGAUGAUAUCUGGGCUUGGAAUGCAUGGCUGUACAGAUGAAGUGUUUGCAUUGUUCUAUGAGAUGAAAGCCGUGGGCAUGAAGCCUGACCACAUAACGUAUACUUCUGUUCUUUCUGCAUGCAGCCAUACAGGGAGGGUGAAUGAAGGGUGGCAACAUUUUAGAAGCAUGAGUGAUGAAUAUGGGAUUCUCCCAACACUUGAACGGUAUACUUGCAUGGUAGAUCUGUUGGGCCGAGCGGGCCAUCUAGAUGGAGCAUAUGAUCUGAUCAUGCACAUGCCUUGUGAGCCUGAUGCCUAUGUCUGGGGUUCAUUGCUCGGGUCUUGCAAAAUCCAUGGGGAUAAACUGUUAGCAGAACGAGCGGUGAGCCAAAUUUUCAGAUUCAAUGCAAGAAGUACUGGAUACCACGUGCUCCUGUCUAAUCUGUAUGAAGAUUUUGGGGAAUGGGACGGCGAUUCAAGGAUUAGAGCAGGCAUGAAAGACAAAGGCCUGAAGAAAAGGCCUGGGUGCAGUUGGAUUGAAGUGAAUAAUGAGGUUCAUGUAUUCCUUGCUGGUGAUCCCUCACAUUCUCAAUCAGAGGACAUAUAUGCCGUCCUUGAAAUAUUGACAGAAAAAGAUCAAAGAGGAAGGAUGCAGCCCAUAGAUACAUUCAGCAAGCAAAGGACAUGA